AGGCCCUCGUGUAGCCGACUACUUUGUGGUGGCCGGUCUGACGGACCCGUCCAAGCCGUUGGACCAGGAGAUCCACUUUGAUGACGUCUGCCACAAGACGGCCAAGCCUAAGGCGCCCAUCACCGAUGUGGCUGUGGUGGUCCGCUCGAUGGGUGAGGAGGUGCCGCCAGGGUUCACCUGUGUAGAGGAAACACCAACCGGCCAUUCGGCUGAUCUAAACAGUGGCGGACUCAUGGCGCCCCAGAUCUUCCUGUGCUACAGGCGAGGUCGAGACAAGCCGCCCCUCACUGAUCUAGGCGUGCUGUAUGAGUGGAAGGAGCGUCUGAAGCAAGGCUGCCACCUCAUCCAGACCACACCCUCCGGUCGUCCAGCCAACAUCAGCGGCAACUCCUCCCAGCGUAUAUACGUCACCUACCGUCGGGCGCCUGAGAGCCAGCCGCACUCCGCCCUGGCCGUCACCGACAUCUGCAUCAUCAUCCCGAGCAAGGGGGAGACGCCCCCGCACACCUUCUGCAAGGUGGAGAAGAAUCUCAACAGCAGCAUGUGGGGCUCCUCUGUCUACCUGUGUUAUAAGAAGUCUGUCGCCAAAACCAACACAAUAGCCUACAAAGCAGGUUUGUUCAGCAGAUAUCCAGAGGAGGACUAUGAGUCAUUCCCUCUGCCAGAGUCUGUCCCUCUCUUCUGCCUUCCCAUGGGGGCCACAAUUGAGUGCUGGCCAGCGAACACCAAAUACUCCCUUCCUGUUUUUUCCACCUUUGUCCUCACCGGAGCCUCCGGAGAGAAGGUCUACGGUGCUGCUAUUCAGUUCUAUGAGCUGUUCCCACUGGAGUGUCUGACUGAUCAGCAGCGCUCCCAGCUGGGUCUCCUGAGCCCGGAUCCACCGAAACCCUCCUCCUCCAGCCGCACGGGAACAGCCACCAGCAGCACCACUAACAGCAACACUACAGCCCCGAGCUCGGUCUACACCAACAAGUGUAUCUGUCUGCUUUCACACUGGCCCUUCUUUGACGCUUUCCGCAAGUUCCUCACAUUCCUCUACCGCUACUCCAUCUCCGGCCCUCAUGCCCUGCCCAUUGAGAAGCACAUUUCUCAUUUUAUGCACAAAGUUCCCUUCCCUUCCUCUCAGAGGCCUCGCAUCCUGGUGCAGCUUUCUCCUCACGACAGCCUGAUGUUGAGCCAGCCAGUGUCUUCUCCUUUACCGCUCAGUGGUGGUCGAUUUUCCACGCUGCUCCAGAACCUCGGACCAGAGAACGCUGUCACCUUGCUGGUGUUUGCCGUCACCGAACACAAGAUCCUGGUUCACUCGUUACGACCCGCUGUACUGACCAGCGUUACUGAGGCUCUGGUGUCUAUGAUCUUCCCGUUCCACUGGCCGUGUCCGUAUAUCCCUCUGUGCCCCCUGGCGUUGGCUGACGUGUUGAGUGCCCCCUGUCCGUUCAUUGUAGGAGUGGACUCUCGUUAUUUUGAUCUUUAUGACCCCCCACCGGAUGUGAGCUGUGUGGACCUGGACACAAACACCAUCUUCCACAACGAAGAUAAGCGAGCCCUCACAUGGAAGAUCCUGCCAAAGAAAGCCUGUAAAAACCUGAUGAAUGUGCUGAGCAAUCUGUACCAGCAGCUGGUUGAUGGUCAUCAGCGGCCUGAUGGGCUGCUGGAGCUGAACAUGAGUGAUUCGUCGGAGCUGAGCUGCGGGAAGAGCCUCCACAUGCUGGAGCUGGAGAUCCAGGAAGCCUUCCUCCGCUUCAUGGCAGCCAUUUUAAAAGGCUACCGCUCCUUCUUACGACCCAUCACACAGGCACCCUCCGAGAAAGCCACAGACGCCAGCUCACUUUUUGACUUGCAAGGCUUCUUGAAGAGCCGCGACCGCUCACAUCAGAAGUUCUACUCGCUGAUGACCAAAACUCAGAUGUUCAUCCGCUUUAUCGAGGAAUGCUCCUUCGUCAGCGACAAAGACGCCAGUCUUGCCUUCUUUGACGACUGUGUGGACAAACUCUACAAUUCAGAGCGGAGUGCAGACAAAGGAGGCAAGGUGGACAGCGACAGGCCGGAGGAGACCAGGCUGAUAGAGAUUGAUGAAUCUCAGCGCAGUGAGCACACAGUCUUUAUCACACCUCCAGAGCUGCCUCCUCUGCCUGAGGGGGAAGAAUAUCCACUCUGCUACAGGUAUGAUGGUUUCCCAGUGUUGAGUCUCGACCUGUUUGACCCUGUGGAGGGCCUGCGGACGCCCUCCUCUCGCCUCGCUGCCAGGCACAGCUGUCCCACCAGCCCUGCCCCCAUGUUUAGACGCACCAAGCAGGAGAUCAAAUCAGCCCAGAAGAUAGCAAAGAAGUACUCAUCCAUCCCCCAGCUCUGGUCCAAGUGCCUGCUCCGUCACUGCUACGGUCUGUGGUUCAUCUGUCUGCCAGCGUAUGUGAAGGUGUGCCACUCCAAGGUGCGGGCGCUCCGCACUGCGUAUGACGUCCUCAGAAAGAUGCAGGCAAAAAAACUGCAGCCCCCUGAUGAGGUCUGCUACCGGGUGUUGAUGCAGCUGUGUGGGCAGUAUGGCCAACCUGUCCUUGCCGUCAGAGUCCUCUUUGAGAUGAAAAAGGCUGGAGUCCACCCCAAUGCCAUCACCUACGGCUACUACAACAAGGCGGUGUUGGAGAGCACGUGGCCCUCCAGCACCAGAGGAGGAUACUUCCUGUGGAUGAAGCUGAGAAAUGUUGUUCUGGGCGUGGCGCAGUUUAAACAGGCACUACGACGGCACGCUCCCCUCAACCAGAGCCCUCUGUCAGAUGGCAGCGACCUGGACGCUGUGAGUCACGGCAGCCUGGAUAGCUCUGCCGACACUAACCUGGCCGAGCAGGGCCACUACGCCACUGACUCCGCCAAAGUAGACCCCACUGACGAUAGAUCUAGCACAGGGGAUCAAUCAGAUUUGGGUUAUAACUCACUGUCCAAAGAGGAGGUGCGCAGAGGAGACCCCAACGCUCAGGAGUCUGCCCCUGACAAAGAUGACAAGAAGGAGAGCGACUGCAGCUCCUUGUCAGAGACAGAGAGCGCCAAGGGGAGUAAAGACUGCCUCCCACAGCUGGACAUGGAGGUUCAUUCUUCCUUCAAACCCCGUGGCAUUGUUCGCAGCAGCUGUCCAUAUGACGAUUCAUCCUGUAAACCCAAGAGCUCCACCAGCGCAGACAAUGUUGCAGGUCUCCUCUUCACGUCCUCCCUGGAUGAAAUCGGUGAGGUCCACACCAACAGUUUGCUCAGGAGACACAAGAGUGCUCUGGAGGAGGUGGUGGGCAGCGCCAGCAGCGGCUCGGCUCUUGACUGGCAGGCCGUGAGAGGCCUCCGGCUGAGCGGUGACACGGUGGGCAGCAGCGGCAGUGGCACCACUGUUCUUGGCCUGGGUAUGAGCCAGGGUGAAACCGACCCAGAUAAAAUCGCGGGACACCUGGGUGCAGACGUCAAAAUUCUGUCUGGUGCCAACUUCAGUAAGAGUAAGAGGCCUCGUUCGCUCGUUCUGAGUGGCUUUGAGGGGCCAGCUGCUAAGGCAGGCGCCAUCAGAAGUUGUGACUACAGGGAGGAGGAAGAGGAGGGACAGGACUCCAGUGAUGAGGACAGAAGUAACAUGGAGGCCAUUUUUGAUUUGGAGGAUCUGGAUUUAGACAAGCCUGCCACAGGGGCCGGUGUCAGCGCCCAUAAAUCCAGCAAAUCUCAUAAGAAACCUGUCGAACGCAGCGUCAGCUAUGGUGGCAUGAGCACCUUGACGUCCAGAGGAGCUGUGAAGCGCACAGACAUACAGACGGGCUACGACCCUCUAUCCCUGCUGGCAGCAGAGUCACAGUCCAAACAGCAAAAUGAGGAUCAGUACCCAGAGGGGGACGAGUCCAGCACACCAAGCGCCCGGAGGCACCUGGCCAGAGAGAUCGAACUCUACAUGAACCACAUGGGCAGCCCGCUGAGCAGCCGUACACCUAGUCUGGACCUUCAGGACCCGUCCAGCCCCCUCCUCCUCCACCCCUCCUCACUCUCUGCCCCCCGUAGAGCCAGCCUGCCCCACACCUCCCCGCUCAGGACUGCUGGGAUGCCACGCUCCCGCACCUUCCACCCACCCUCACCCUCUCAACCCAUCUUACGCCAGCGUCUACUGUCGUCACCUUCCUGUCGCAGCUCUAGCACCACCCCCAGCGCCAGCCCUCGACCCAGCCCCUACAGGGAGAGGGCAGAUAGGAUGAGCCUGGCCUCACCUUCACCCUCCUCCUCCUCUUUCGCUCUCGACACCCUCCUCACACCAACACUAGAUGUAUUCAAGACCAGCAUGGUCUCUGCCGGGAAGGGUGUGGCAGAGAAGGCAAGCCGCUGGUACUCCCGCCUCGCCACGUACACCACACCUACCAAGGACGGUCACAGUGACCGUCUGAGUGUGUCCUCUCUCGGUGUUGGAGAUCCAGACUGCUCCUCCCUGCUGGAUGAGGAGAACUGUAGGGACUCAGAUGGCUCCGUCAUCUCUCCACAGAGGAACGGCCCAGCAGGGCCCCGCAGGAGCCCCAGACGCAGCCCCCUCCGCAGCAGACUGGACAGCCCCCCUACGGUCUCGAGUCAUGGAAGACCCACAUCUCUGCUGCCAGAAUGCAUCCUCUCACCUCCUGGCUUCCCUCUGCCAGAAAAGUCGGACCUCGGCUCUUCACGGUACACCAGCAACACCAGCAUCUUUAACAACUACGCCAUGGAGCUGCUGAUCUCCAGCUGUUCUCGCUGUAAGACGUGCGACUGCCUGGUAUAUGACGAAGAGAUCAUGGCUGGCUGGACAGCAGACGACUCCAACCUCAACACCACCUGCCCGUUCUGUGGAAACCCCUUCCUGCCCUUCCUCAAUGUGGAGAUCAGGGACAUGCGGGGACCCGGCAGGCUUUUCUUAAAGGGCAGUCCAUCUGUGGACGAGGCCACGUCGUCAUACUCUGCCUCCACAGGUUUGGACACGGGGACAUCCACCUUGUCCACACCCUGUCCUACAACUGCUGUCUUCCCUCCCUCCCCUGUGAUUGCUGUCCAGGAGUGCUCAGGAAGGACUCGUUCAACCAAGGCUCAAGGCAUCAACAUCCCCUCAGAGCUCCGGCAGGGGGCGCUGUCUAGCGGAGCGCCCAUGGCCCGCAGCAUCAGCGCCUUUGGUCCUUUGGAAGAAAACUCUCGGGUCAACCACUGCGUGCCAACAUCAGGCAGCCUGCCCAGCCGUCUCAAUGAAACCAUGGACCCGCUUAGUAUGGAGUGGCGGCUCCACAACCCCGAGCCGGUGACAGUUCCCUACCUGAGCCCGCUGGUGCUGUGGAAGGAGUUGGAGAGUCUGCUGGAGAACGAGGGCGACCCGGUGAUCACGGAGGCUGACAUGGUGGACCAUCAUCCCAUCAUCUACUGGAACCUGGUGUGGUACUUCAGACGACUGGACCUGCCCAGCAACCUGCCUGGUCUUAUCCUCACCUCGGAGCACUGCAACACAGACUCCCAGGUCCCUCGUCACUGGAUGUCGGAGGACAGUAAACACGUGUUGAUCCAGAUCCUGUGGGACAACCUCAAGCUGCACCAGGACUCAAUCCAGCCGCUCUACAUCCUCUGGAACACAUACAGUGAGUCUCACAGACCAGAGCAGUUCAAAAUUCAGCAGGCAGUUGGGUUAUCUACAGUUACGUGA